CCGGUGAAGAAGGAGAAGGGCAUCCACCGCCUGGAGGCCAUGCUCUACGCCCUGGACCGGGUCAACGGCGACCCCCGGGUGUUGCCCAACUUGACGCUGGCUCGGAUCUUGGACACUUGCUCCCGGGACACUUACGCCCUGGAACAGACCCUCAGCUUCGUCCGCAGCCUCCUGCCCCCCGCCGAGGGGGAAGGGGGGUGUCCGAUCGGAACCCCCCCGGAAAGGUUGGUGGGGGUCAUCGGGGCUUCGGCCAGUUCCGUCUCCAUCAUGGUGGCCAACGUGCUCCGGCUCUUCGCCAUCCCGCAGAUCAGCUACGCCUCCACGGCGCCGGAGCUGAGCGACCCGGGGCGCUACGAGUUCUUCUCCCGCGUGGUGCCCCCCGACUCCUACCAGGCGCAGGCCAUGGUGGACGUGGUGCGGGCCCUGGGCUGGAGCUACGUCUCCACCCUGGCCUCCGAGGGCAACUACGGCGAGAGCGGCGUGGAGGCCUUCGUCCAGAGCUCCCGCGAGGCCGGGGGCCUGUGCAUCGCCCAGUCCAUCAAGAUCCCGCGGGAGCCGCGGCCGGGGGAGUUCGCCAAAGUCAUCGGGCGCCUGAUGGAGACGUCCACGGCCCGCGGCGUCGUGCUCUUCGCCAACGAGGACGACAUCCGGCGGGUGCUGGAGGCGGCGGCGGGCGCCAACCUCUCGGGGCACUUCUCCUGGGUGGGCUCCGACAGUUGGGGGGCCAAGAUGGGGCCCGUGGCCGGGCUGGAGGCGGCCGCCCGCGGCGCCAUCACCAUCCUGCCCAAGCGCGCCUCCGUCCCCGGCUUCGACGAGUACUUCACCUCCCGCUCGCUGGAGAACAACCGCCGCAACCUCUGGUUCCACGAGUUCUGGGAGGACGACUUCAACUGCCACCUGCCCCACGGCCAGCCCCACGGCCAGCCCCACGGCGGCCCCGCCGGCCCCACGCGCAAGUGCACAGGGCGGGAGCGCAUCGGGCGGGACUCGCCCUACGAGCAGGAGGGGAAGGUGCAGUUCGUCAUCGACGCGGUGCUGGCCAUGGCGCACGCGCUGCACGCGCUGCUGCGCGAGGCCUGUCCCGGGGGGGGGCUCUGCCCCCGCGCGGACCCGCCCGACGGGCGCCGCCUCCUCAGGCACAUCCGCGGGGUGGCCUUCAACGGCAGCGCGGGGACGCCGGUGACCUUCAACGAGAACGGGGACGCGCCCGGGCGCUACGACAUCUUCCAGUUCCAGGGGGGCAACGGCAGCGGCACCUACCGGGCCGUGGGGCAGUGGGUGCAGGGGCUGCGCCUCAGGGCCGAGGAGAUGGAGUGGGGCUCCAACGCCACCUCGCCCCCGCCCUCCGUCUGCAGCCUCCCCUGCGGCCCCGGCGAGCGCAAGAAGCCGGUGAAGGGCGUCCCCUGCUGCUGGCACUGCGAGCUCUGCGGGGGCUACCGCUACCGCGCCGACCCCCUCACCUGCCUGCCCUGCCCCCCCCACCUGCGCCCCACCCCCAACCGCACCGCCUGCCGCCCCACCCCCGUCCUGCGCCUGCGCUGGGGGGACCCCUGGGCCGCCGUCCCCUUGGCCUUGGCCACCUUGGGCUUGGCGGCCACCGCCUUCGUCUUGGCCACCUUCGUGAAGCACCACGAGACGCCCAUCGUCAAGGCCUCGGGGCGGGAGCUGAGCUACGUCCUCUUGGCCGGCAUCGCCUUGGUCUACGCCAUCACCUUCGUCAUGGUGGCCGAGCCCGGGGUGGGCGUCUGCGCCCUGCGCCGCCUCUUCCUGGGCUUGGGCAUGAGCCUCACCUACGCCGCCCUCCUCACCAAGACCAACCGCAUCUACAGGAUCUUCGAGCAGGGCAAGCGGUCGGUGACCCCGCCCCGUUUCAUCAGCCCCACCUCCCAGCUGGUCAUCACCUUCACCUUGAGCGGCCUCCAGCUGGUGGCCGCCGCCAUCUGGCUCCUCGUCCGCCCCCCCCACGCCCUCAUCGACUACGAGAUGGGCCGCACCCCCGACCCCGAGGACGCCCGCGGGGUCCUCAGGUGUGACAUGGCCGAAGGGGCCACCUUGGCCUGCUUGGCCUACGCCCUUCUCCUCAUGUUGACUUGCACCGUCUACGCCGUCAAAGCCCGGGGGGUCCCCGAGACCUUCAACGAGGCCAAACCCAUCGGCUUCGCCAUGUACACCACCUGCGUCGUCUGGUUGGCCUUCGGCCCCAUCUUCUUCGGCGCCGCCCAAUCGGCCGAGAGGGUGCUGAUGCAGACGGCCACCCUGACGGUCUCCAUGAGCCUCUCGGCCUCCGUCCCCCUGGGCCUCCUCUACGCCCCCAAGGUCUACGUCAUCCUCCUCCACCCCGAGCGCAACCAGCCCCGCCGCGCCCGCGCCGACCCCGCCCCAUAGCGGACCCACACCCUGGGGGGGGGACAGGUGGGGCCUAGGCCACGCCCCGCCACGCCCUUCCGCCAUCGUUGUCGUCAUAAAGUGUCG